ACACCUCAUUUUCAAAAAUCAAAUAAAACUAGGGUUUUUCUUUAUCCAUCAAACCCUCAAUCGAUCCACAUCUCUUCUACACACAAACCAAUGCUUUCAAGUUCUUGAACAUUCUGGUAACAUCUCACUCUCUUAUUCUCUUUCAAUUUCAUAGAUGAUAAUAAUAACUUCGUGUUAAUCCGCAUAAACCCUAGAACCCCUAAAAAACCCUAGAACCGAAAAAAACCCUAGAAAUUUAGGAAAAUUUAGGAGAAUUAGGAGGUAUGAAUCAAACCGACGCCGGCGGAGAUCCAACCGAGCAGUUCCACCGGAACGAAGCCAUCUCCGCCGUCGUGGAUGAGGGUUUUUUAGGCGAAGAUGAUGAUGAUUAUGAGGAUUUGUAUAAUGAUGUUAAUGUUGGUGAAGGUUUUCUUCAGUCUGUUAAGAAAAAUGAGCAAGUUGAGGAGCCGGUUGAACCGGUUAUUCACCCAGUGGUGGAUGAUAGGAAGUUUGAGAGUAAAAAUGAGGUUUUCAGUGAGCCUAGAGUUGAAUUAGGAGUAAAACAUGAGAUGGUAGGGUGCAAAGAUGAUGUUUUUGGUGAACCUAGAGUUGAAAUAGGGCAGUCUGUGGUUAAAUUAGGCGAAACCGAGAGUCGAAAUGAGGUUAAUAAUAACAGUAGUAUGCCAAACUUAGGGAUGGGACAGCAGCAGACUCAUAUGGGUAGUUUAGGUAAUGCUGGUAGUGGGAAUGUUAACGGGUCGGGUGGGAAUGUUUAUGGUAAUGGUGGCGGUGGCGGUGGUGGAAUGAACGUUGGUGGUGGCGUUGGCGGCGGUGGUGGUGGUGUGAACAUGGGCGGUGGGGGAGGUGGGACAAUUCUUUUCGUUGGAGAUUUGAAUUGGUGGACAACGGAUGCGGAGCUCGAGUCUGAGCUUUGCAAGUACGGUAACGUGAAGGAGGUGAAGUUCUUUGACGAGAAAGCUAGUGGGAAAUCGAAAGGGUAUUGUCAAGUUGAGUUUUAUGAUCCAUCGGCUGCUGCAGCUUGUAAAGAGGGUAUGAACGGGCAUGUGUUCAAUGGCCGUCCCUGUGUUGUUGCAUUCGCUUCUCCAUUUAGUGUUAAAAGAAUGGGAGAGGCACAGGUGAAUAGAAACCAACAGAUGGCCCAGUCUAAUGCGGCUCAAGGGAAGAGAGGACCCGGAGAUGUUCCGGGUAAAACGGGCGGAAACAAUAUGCCAGCUGGCGGUAACUUUCAAGGUGGCAGUGACAACAACAGAGGGUACGGAAGAGGGAAUUGGGGUAGAGGUAACGCACAAGGUAUGGCGGGUCGCGGGCCUGGUAGAGGUGGGCGUGGUAUGAUGAACGGCGGAAAUGGAUUUGGACCACCGCCUAUGAUGCAUCCUCAGUCGAUGAUGGGCCAAGGGUUCGAUCCGUCUUUUGGCGGCCCAAUGGGCCGAAUGGGAGGGUACGGUGGUUUCCCCGGGGCACCGACACCUCCGUUUUCAGGUAUGAUGCCUUCUUUCCCACCUGCAUUACCCGGGUUAGCACCCCAUGUUAACCCUGCGUUUUUCGGGCGAGGAAUGCCGAUGAACGGAAUGGGUAUGAUGCCAGGAAGUGGUGCGGACGGGAACAUGGGAAUGUGGUCCGAUCCGAAUAUGCCCGGGUGGGCCGGGGAUGAGCAGGGUGGCAGAGUCGGUGAGUCGAGCUACGGUGAAGAAGCUGUGUCUGAUCAACAGUUUGGUGAAGGUAGCCAUGAUCGAGGAGAUUGGCCCAAUCCGGCAAAAGAAAAAGAUAGAAGACAUAGAGACGAUAGAGACCGUGAAGUCGGAUAUGAAAAAGAUGUUCGUGAAGAAGAGUGGCCUGAAAGAAGGCACCGAGACGAGCGGGACCGUGAACGAUCACGUGACCGGGACCAUGAACGAUCGCGUGACCGAGACAGAGACCGCGAUCGUGAACGGUCACGUGACCGGGAGCGUGGUAGGGACCGCCACAGGGAUGAAAGGGACAGAUAUGCUGAUCAUCAUAGGUAUAGAGAGGUUGAACCUGAAUAUGAUGAUGAGUGGGAGCGGGGGCGGUCCUCGCGUGGGCACGGGAAAUCGAGGUUGGCUCAAGAGGAUGAACAUAGGUCUAGAUCUAGAGAUGCUGACUAUGGGAAGAAGCGGCGUGUAACCGCCGAAUGACUGUGCGGUGUUGUACGACUUUGUAAGGAAUCACGUCUUGAAAUCUGUGAAACUCGAGCUUUCUCAAUUGCGGUUUUGUUGCACUCAGUUGGAUUAUCUCUGAAUUGUUUAUCAAGUUGAUGAAUGUGAGUUAUCUAUGUUAAAGGGAAGUUAAGCUGUUCAGAGAUUUACCGGCGAGUUGCGAAACAGACCUAGGGUUUGAGCCUACAGAUUUAGACGAUGAUGAUGAUGAUAAUCCGAGCGACUUGAUUUACAGAUUUUAUCAAUUAAAGUUUGUUUGAAAUUAUCAUGUAACUUUAAACUAUGUUGUGGCUGAUGUUUCUGUGGUGAUUUAACUUAGAACCUACUACUGUGUUUGAAUGUGAGAUGUAUUAGGAUUUUUGCCCCAUGUUCUGGAGGAUUAACCUCCACUUUUCUUGGCUGUUUUUCUUUUGUUGUAUUUUUCUUUUUUUUUUAUUAUUUUUGUUGUACA